UUUUAGCGCAAGCGCAGUGCGGUGUUUGUCUGAGGGUCGGACGGGCGGGAGGUGCGCGGUGGCGGCGGCGGCGGCGGCGGCGGCGGUGGUGGGAAAGAUGGCGGCGUCCUCCCUGGAACAGAAGCUAUCCCGCCUGGAGGCGAAGCUGAAGCAGGAAAACCGCGAGGCCCGGCGGAGGAUCGACCUCAACCUGGAGAUCAGUCCGCAGCGGCCCAGGCCGAUUAUUGUGAUCACUCUAAGCCCUGCUCCUGCCCCGUCCCAACGAGCAGCUCUGCAGCUCCCUCUGGCCAAUGAUGGGGGUAGCCGAUCGCCAUCCUCUGACAGCUCCCCUCAGCAACCCACCCCACCAGCUCGUCCCCGGCAUAUGUUGGGGCUCCCACCACCACUGUUCAUGCCACGUAGCAUGGAGAGCAUAGAAAUUGACCAGAAACUACAGGAAAUCAUGAAACAGACAGGAUACCUGACCAUUGGAGGCCAGAGGUACCAGGCAGAGAUUAAUGACCUGGAGAACCUGGGUGAGAUGGGCAGUGGCACAUGUGGCCAGGUCUGGAAGAUGCGAUUCAAGAAGACAGGCCACAUCCUUGCUGUCAAGCAAAUGCGACGCUCUGGAAACAAGGAAGAGAACAAACGAAUUCUCAUGGACCUGGAUGUGGUGCUCAAGAGCCAUGACUGUCCAUACAUUGUUCAAUGCUUUGGGACGUUCAUCACAAAUACAGACGUCUUCAUUGCCAUGGAACUUAUGGGCACCUGUGCUGAAAAACUAAAGAAGAGAAUUCAAGGGCCCAUCCCAGAGCGGAUCUUAGGCAAGAUGACUGUGGCUAUUGUUAAGGCGCUCUAUUACCUGAAGGAGAAGCAUGGUGUGAUCCACAGAGAUGUGAAGCCCUCCAACAUCCUACUUGAUGAUCGGGGCCAGAUCAAGCUCUGUGACUUUGGUAUCAGUGGCCGUCUGGUAGACUCCAAAGCCAAGACGAGAAGUGCUGGCUGUGCAGCUUACAUGGCGCCGGAGCGGAUAGACCCUCCAGAUCCUACCAAGCCUGAUUAUGACAUCCGAGCAGAUGUAUGGAGCCUGGGAAUCUCACUGCCCUUUUCACCUAGGUGGAGCUGGCAACUGGGCAGUUCCCCUACAAGAACUGCAAGACUGAUUUUGAGGUCCUCACCAAGGUCCUGCAGGAAGAACCACCCCUUCUGCCCAGUAAUAUGGGCUUCUCGGUGGACUUUCAGUCCUUUGUUAAAGACUGCCUUACUAAAGAUCACAGGAAGAGACCAAAGUACAAUAAGCUACUUGAACACAGCUUCAUCAAACGAUACGAAAUGUUGGAAGUGGAUGUGGCAUCCUGGUUCAAGGAUGUCAUGGCGAAGACAGAGUCCCCCCGGACUAGCAGCAUCUUGAGCCAACAUCACCUUCCCUUCUUCAGGUAGCCAAGAGGUGACCAGCCUGGGAGGGUCAGCAGGGGCUGGGGGAGAAGGGGGCAAGACAAAUGGCCAGUCAGCCUGCUCCUCCCCCAACUCCAGCUGCAGUAGGGGCUUUGCCACCCUGGCCCCAAGACGUACCAGUCUUCCACUUGCCUCCCCCCAUGCUGGCGGGCCAGAUGUCACAUGGAGCUGGGGAGGGAGUAUGAAAACAUGGACAGCCACAGAGAGCUGAAGACAAAGUGGGGGGCCCUCCAGACCCGCCUCCUCCCACCCCCUGCCUUUCAGCUGAGGACAAACUGGCACCAAUCGGGCCUCCGGCUUUUUUCCUGGGGGAGAGCUGAAUGCCCCACCUCCCCCCGACACUGUGAACAGAAGAUGGAAGACAGGUCCACCAUUAGACUCUAUUUAUUCAGUUGUAACCUCUGGGCUUGGGUGGGCUCCUGGAAGCCCAGGAGAGAGCUGCCUGAAUCUUUACUCUCUUUGCCCUCUCUCCUGUCCACUCUUUUGGCUUGAGGAUUCAAUUUGUAAGCCACAAGGGCUGGGGUAGGGUGGCCUGGGAGGGGUUGCUUGCUGCUCUGUGGGUGUCACUCCCAUGGUUUUUGUCCCUGGGGAUGUGGUAGGGGCAGGGGAGGAGCGCGUCCGGCCAGCUGGGGGUGGGGUGGGGGGGUCAGGUGGCCUGCAGUGGGUCAGUUUUUCUCUUGUUGAUCUCAGGGGGUCCUUUAUGGAGUUUUAUUUUAUUUUAUUUGGGGGAUAUGGGGGGUGGGGGGCGAAUCUUACAUGAGGGUGUCCGUACCUUCAGAAACUUUAACCAAAGUCGUGUUUGGCUGCUUGUGGCAGUGGUUCAGCAGCAGGCAGGUGGUGGGGACUCAUUUAAAUCUGUGCUUUGGCAGCAGAAAGAGUAGAUAGGGGCAGAGACUUUGGGUCUUUGUUUCCAGGGGUGGUGGCCUGAGGGUCCAUUACUAGAGGCCUGGCAUCUUCCUUUGCUUCUUCCUUCUCAUGCUUGCUCAUGAGGAACUUAACAGAUUCCAGCCCCUCCCCAGUCAUCUAGCCCUAAGUCAGCCCCGAAGGGUUGCUUUGUCCCAAACAUGGAGGGACCUAGCUUCCAUCUCUGGGGUGAGUUGAAGAUCUUAGAUGUCUGCUCUGUGGGUUCCAAACUGGACUUUUCUCCUGGGGCCAGGGUUUGGAGAAGCUGUAGCCCCUAGGGUCUAGGUAGGAGCAGGGGUUUGGCAUCCACCCAUCAGAAGGCAAUGGGCAUCAGUGUGGCAGGGACAGAGAAAUGGUGAGCAGGGCUAGCAAGUGGGCUGGUGGUGCUUGGAGAGAGGGCAAGAGGAGGAAUGAAGGCCAGUGCAGGUUAGGACAGUGGGCUGAGGGUGCAGAGGAGCCCAGAAAGCCACAGGGUUCCCCUUGGGGACUUCAUACAGAGGAAGAUUGGUUGGAAGAGAUGGUCUGAGGAUGUGAAUUGGGGACAGAGGUAGGAAGUGGAAGAGAAAUCUUAGAGUGGAUCAGGGCAUUUAGGAAGGGUGGGCAAGCCUAGUAGCAGAGGGUGAAGAAGUAUGGAAGGGCAAGGGAAGGUAGUGGCUACAGAUUCCUGGUCCCAGCAGCCACCCAGGGCUUCCUUCAACUCAUCCCUUGAGCUUAACCUCCAUUCUCCAGGCCCAUAGGCAGACCUAGGCUUAGUGCCCUGUGUCUUUCUGCCUCCUCACAAGACUGACCUUUGGGGCACCGUCUGCCCCAAGGCUAACAUAAGCGGGGCUGUCUUCUCACCCCUCCCCAGGAAAGGAGACAGGGCAGGACCCUGGAUAGCAUCUAGGCUGAGUUUAUCAGACCCCUUGAACAAAGAAGAUAGGAGAUGAAUCAGUCCCCAUGGCUGCCUGGCCCACCUUGGCUCUUGCCUUGGCAGGUCCCCAGAGAAAAGGCAAAUGCAGUUUUAUUGCAUUGUUUCUUAAUUAUUGUUAUUAUUAUUAUUAUUAUUAUUAUUAUUAUUUACAUUUGAUGCGUGAAUAGAGGUGGUUCUUGGCCACCCCUUGCCCCCUGCCUUGGCCUCUCUGGAGCCUUCAGGUGGUGGGCAGGUGGGGAGGGAGGGAGGUAGGGAGGGAGGGAGGGAAGAGGAAGAGGUAUUUCUUUUUUUUCUUGAUGAUGCAUGCAGAUCAAAUGGCAAACACCACACACACACACACACACACACUCACACUCUCACUCUCUCUGUCUGUCUUACACACGUACAUUCGCACUCAGACCCAGAAGGGCCCCCUCCUUUCCCCCAAACAAAGGAACCAAGGCCAAAGGGAAGGACAGCACAGCUUGAUGGACUUCACUGGCUCAGUAUAGGCUUUAGCAUCGAUCUCCCUGUAGUCUCCGUAGUCUAUGUUAUCAUUGAUAUAUUUGCAGAAGGCCGCAUGUUCAAACUAGAGGAGUUACCUUUUUUCUCUCUCCAGAGGGACAUGGGCACCAUCUUUCCCUGUGCCUGGCCAAACUGCCAGCAGAAAGGGAUUUGGGGGUUGUGUCCUUCCCACCCUCACCUCCAGAAGGCAGGCUGGGGGUCCCUUUGUGCCAGCAGUAAACAGACAUUCUCCCUCCCCUUUUCUGUCUGGGCCCCAAGUUCUCAACUUGAACCCAGCUCUCCUUCCCUAUCUGGGCAGCCAAUACCUAUUCCUCCAAAGCCCUCACUGAGGGGGAAGGUUAUCUGCUCAGUGGCAGGGCCAGCUUGGACCUCUUGUAACUGUCCAACUUUAUUUUAAUUUAACUAUUUUCUGUUUUGUGAGCAUGUGUGCUCUUUCCUUUCCCCUGGGCCCAGCCCUCAUUUCAGUGUUAAAUGAACAUGUGCCACCCACUCCCACCAGCCAGCCAGCCAGCCAGCCAGCCUUCCCAGAGCCCUAGUUGUUAGUCCUGUCCCUCUUUCCUCCCCUCCAGCUGAGCUGAUUCCUAGGCUGGUUAGCUAGAUGCCUGAGCCACCCCAAACCCUCUUCCUUCUCAGGACCUGUCCUGAGACCCUGGCCGAUCCCACUAGGAGGAAGCCAGGAGAGCUAGCAUAGGGCUACAGGUGGGAGCAGGGUGGGAAGAGACUUGAGUGGACCUGGGGCCUAGCUUUCCCCACCCCCAAGCUUGUGGCCCAAAUCAGCUUUGUACCUCGUGGCUGAAGGCAGUGGUGGAAGCAUGUGUGUGCCCUCUCCCUUAUAGGGGUUGGGGGUGGGUGCCUACUGGGGUGCACCUGGGCCAGCAGUAUUGCCCCAUUGUCCCUUUUUCAAAAACAAAAUGCCCUUGUUUGUAAACCCUUCUUAGAAGCUUGAAAAUAAAAAAAAAUUAAAAACAAACAACAACAAUAAUAAAAAAACCACCACCAAAAAAAAA